AGCUUUACUAAGAAGGAGAUCUUAGACCGCAUCCUGAGUUUGCGCCAUAGCAUUUGCCCUACAGCUGCAAGGUGGAGACAACUUUUGUCUUUUUUGUUACAUUUUUUCUGCAACUGAAAUAAGUGUUAAUCAGACAUUGCAUUGCUGGAUUUCACCUUGUAAAAUACUGAAUGAAUAUGGAGGACUCCAGACCUGUCAAUUACCAAAGACUAAUAUCAGAGGAAAGCACUGUUUCUGCCGACUCUGCGUUCACCUGGGAGGACUGUCAGGCUGAUAUCUAUGAGCAGCUGCCCAGUUCACAGAAAAGGCUGCAGAACAAGGAGCAAGCACAAGAAGCUGAGGAUCAUAUUAUCCUCAAUCAAUCACUAAAGAUGUUGCCCCUCUGUAUACAGGAGAAGAGAAACCUCAGAAGCAGACAAAACAGUGAAAGCUGUAAAAUUGGAUAUUGGGCAUCAUGGAAGAGAAGUCAGGAAAUAGCAAGAAGGCGAAUGAGGGAGCAAUUGGGAAGAGUUGUCUCAGGGCUUCUACUGUGGAAAUCCACUCUCCAUAACAUUGAAGGGAGAUUCGGUGUGGGGGUGAAGGCAUACUUUGUUUUCCUUAGGUACCUACUCUGCCUAAAUUUUCUGAACUGUGUCAUCCUCGCUGGUUUUGUGAUAAGUCCAUCUCUUUUGAGAAAAAACUCGUUCAAGAAUUUCAAACACAACUCUUCGUUUUUGGAUAUUUUCCUGGGCACAGGCUUUAUGGAACACUCUCCAGUUUUUUAUGGUUUCUACAAGAACAUGUCUUUUGGUGCCGAAUGUCUAAACACAGCUCUCCUCUUUCUCUUUGGAAUGCUCAUCAUACUCCUCCUUAAUCUUAUCAUGAUAGUACGCAGAACGGUGGUGGGAUAUAAGAACUCAUCGUUGACUGGCCUUCAUUUCACUGAAAAUGUGAGCUAUAAGGUGUUCUGUGGAUGGGAUUUCUGCAUCCGGGAGCCUGAAGCGGCCUCCCUUAAACACAACUUAAUCAGAAACGAACUGAAGAUGGACCUUGAAGAGCAAAAGUUUCGUCAGAAAGUUUUGGGGCGUUCACUGAAGCAGUGGAUUCUUCUGUAUGUUCUGCGCAUUGUCCUCAACAUUGUGGUGUUACUUAUCCUGGGUGGCUCCAUCUAUCUGAUCUAUUCUGCCACCACUAUAAACCCUGAGUGUUAUAAGUUCCACUGGACUUUAAAUCUCCCGUGUAGCUACGUUUCACCCAUUACAAUCACAGUAGUCAAUUUUCUGGUACCACACUUUUUUUCUGCAAUCACAGUGUAUGAAGACUACUCCCUUACCACCCAGCUGAAUGUCACCUUAGUUCGGAGUAUCCUGUUGAAGCUGGGAAGCUUAGCCAUCUACCUCUUCUUCCUCAUUACAAAAGACAAUAAAAAUAAUAAUAAUAGUUGUGGAGAGACUGAGUUCGGAAAGGAAAUGUACAAGCUCACAAUAUUUCAACUCUUGGCGUUUUUCUGCAAUACAUUCUUGGUGGCGUAUCCCAGAAAGUUAUUGGUGGAGAAGUGCUCAUCUUCUAAUAUGUCAAGGAAAGUGGGAAAGCAGCAGUUUGUGAUUACAAUGAAUGUGUUAGAUUUGGUUUACAGUCAGACAGUGACUUGGGUGGGAGUUUUUUAUUGUCCGCUCCUGCCAGCUAUCAGCAUUUUUAAACUACUGGCAAUCUUCUACAUCAGCAAAUUCAAUGUGAAGCAAUGUUGCGGCCCGGCUAGGAAAAUGUUCCGGACCACCAGCUCUUCGGUUCUGUUUCACCUCAUGCUCUUACUGGGCCUCAUAAUGUCAUUCGUGACACUUGGUUUCAACAUUAAAUUGUUUGUUCCUAGUAGAUGUGGCCCAUUCCUUGAGUACCACACAGUGUUCAAUGUGACGAGUCAGUGUGUUAGCACACUCCCAUAUGCUGCAAAGGAAGGCAUACGCUACAUGACAUCGGAGGCAUUUGCGUUCUCGCUCAUAUUGACAGAGAUUAUCAUCUUGACGUCUUAUGUGUCUCGUAAACAAUCAAAUCAGAAGUCCAUGGAGAGGCUCAAGGAAAUGCUUGUUAUGUGUAGCUCAGACAAACGUUAUCUGGUGAAACAUCAUGCCACAUUGCUUAAGCGAAAGAAGACGACGGUCAGAAGAAGAGCGGUCUAAAAUGUUGCUGAUGCUGUUAAUCAUAUAACUUUCACUUUUGUGCUACCUUAUGAUGUAUGAGGAUUUAAUUCUAUGACUUUACAUAAAGCCAAUUAAAAUGUAAAAAAAAAAAAAAAGAAUUGCAUUAUAUUGCAAUAGCUUUUUAUAUCAAAUUGUGUAAUACAAAAUUCUUUAUAUAUAUUUUUAUAUAUAUUUAUUUAUUGCUGUGUAUUUUUUCAUAUAUAAUAAGCAAUUUUUGGUAGGACUGUUUGACUGAACAGUUUAAAAAAUGACAGUAAAAAUAUAUUUUAUAUAAUAAUUUUGUUUUGUUAAUUUAACAAUGUUUGUCACAAAUGGAAAACAUUGACAUAAAGUAAUUUUAAAUUUAAAUUAUAUGUAAAUGAAUAAUUUGAUGCUGUCAACAGAGCUGUGAAUGUUCAGUAAAUGUAAAAUAUGCAUAAAAUAUGUACUAAGGAUAUUAAA